CUCCAUUAACGAACAACGGUUACUCCCCUGGGGUACACACAUCACUGUAUAAGCCAACCUUUUUUUCUACCUUCGGCUUUGUGUAGAUAACAACAGAGAACCCACGCAGUGUAUGAUCGACUGUAUGAUACCCUUUUGGAUCUGUCCCUGUGGUGGUGGAAUCAGCUGUAUUCCUGUCACCUUCCCGGGUAAAGGGCGAUAAAUAUCGCCUGGCAAAGGGGGACUUAGCCCGGCCCUAUAAUUCCAAUCUCGCGGAUUUAAGGCUGAGUCCACCGGGAAAUUGUCGCGUAUGAAAAAAGGCUUACUCGCCGGAGAAGUAAUUCGGUUAAUACCGAUCUGCGAAGGGAAUAUUGGACUCAAUGACAUUAAUGCCGCGGGAUCUAUGUAUCGAACUCUUGUUCCUUCCAGCGUCCAUCGAGUGGAGAAGAGAGAGCCGGAGGAGGGGGAGAGAGAUCCCGGGAACAUGCGUGCGGCAGCCCGCGUUGAUGUUCCUACGGUUACCAGAAGUGACAUCCCCGAGAGUCAAAGCUUGCCGACUACCGGAUUCCAUCUGAUGUUAGCAUCAUCGCACAGCUCAAAAACAGUGUUUGUCUAGAGCCAUCUUGCUUUCACCGGAAGGUACCUAGUCAUCACUAGUGGACUAACCAUGAUGAAGAUGGUACCUAUAACAGUCGUCAUGCAGUACCUGGUCCUCUGCGUUGUUGUGCUGGUGGUGUCCAGAUCUGUGGGAACGACCAAACCCAUUCCGACUCCUGGCCUCAAUGCUGCUUUGGAGAGUCGCGCAGCAGGCAGACCUAAAGAACUCCUCCUCGAGAGGAACGACCGGUACAACGUAGCAAUAUCUAACCACAGUUCCAGUAAAAUUGUACAGAAUGAAUACCGCAAAAACGUUUUCAAAGCGACACACGCUAUCUCUAGGACACGUGCUGAGCCCGACGCCGAGAUCCGGGUCCUGAUGAAGAUGACGUCCCUCUCGUCACGGUUGUCACUCCGGCGCAGCGAACGGUCUGCGUAUGAACAGAACCUGGAGCAGGAGAGCUCUCAGCUCUUUCAAGAAGGUUCUCAGCUGUUUCAGGUUAUAACCUGCAUCAUUAAUGUGACUUGCAAUAUGGGAACUCCCAACUCAGAAUGCACGUGUGUAAACGAUCUGGACGCCUUCGGGCAGCCCAAGUGCACGCUCCCGAAAGCACGAAUCACACACAAAUCGAAGGUGACAAUCGUGCCAAUGAACCUGUUCUGUGCCGGGGUCGCGCUUCCUCUAGUGGACGAUAAGACACAAUACGACGUCCAUGCUUCGUGCAGCAUCUUCGCACCCCAGGACGUCUCCUACAAGGUCAACUUCAUCAAAGAAGACUUGGAACGGGACGUUAAGACAGGAGGACUUAUCUUAAAGUACAAGGCAUGUCUAGAGCCGGAGAAGAAGAGGUAGAUUUAACAUAUCACAUUGGUCUGUUCAUUAGAGAGUCUACGGGUAAAUACAAGGUAUACGGUGGGGCAUUUACGAUACGAUUGUUGAUGAUCAACAAGAUGAUGUUGAGGAACUGUGCGAAAACUGAAGUGGAAGAAGAUUGCACUGUUUGGGGUACAUGAGAGGCCAAACGUGUUAUGGGAUUAUAUUAUCUCCUCAAGACAGUACCGUUGCAAUAAUAGUUUGCCCUCUCCUAUAGGAUGACCUGUGAUGGAAACACCUGUGCUUAGAGAGUGAUGCCACCAACUGUAUCAUAAGAAACCCAACUCAAAUGUGUAGCUAAUAUCAGAGUAGGACUUUUAGAAAGUGGUCUUUUAUCAU